UUAUUUCUUAAUUAUGACGCUGCUUUUGCUGUUUCAACUGAUUAUAGGAGAGGCUUGGUGGGAUUGGUGGUAUGUUGAAAUGAUAUUAGGCUUUUAUCGAAUUUGAGUUGGUACUUUUCAAGUUAAGUGAAAGAAGUGUGGUGAUGGGUUGACUCUAUGUUUACUGUGUAACUCAUGUUUGUCUCCCUUUUUGUAAGCCCUCUUUGGAGCCUCUUCGCCACUGUUUCUUGCUUGCUUCCCUUGGAAUUCCGACCCUCCUCAGAAAAAGGUAUAUGAAUUUCAAAAAUCUCUCUUCAAUGCUCUUCUAGACCUUGCCCCUAUUAAUUUUUAGCGUUUCCCUUUCCUCUCGGUGGAAAUCGCUAAGAGGUUAGGUUCAUUUUGUUGGCUUUGGGCACCGAUUAGGCCGAGUCAUGAAUAGGCCUUAGCUCCUUCUACACCUGGGGGUCCAUUCAGCCAUGGUUGGGUUCAUUUUGUUGGCUUUGGGCACCCCGAUUAGGCCGAAUCAUGAAUAGGCCUUAGCUCCUUCUACAACACCCGAGGGUCCAUUCAGCCAUGGGAUCAAUAACGGAGAACUUCUCAAUGUUCGACCUUUGGAGCUCAGAUUCACAUUUCUUCGGAUUCUCUGCUGCUCAACCAUUUCUUGCUCACAACGACGUCGCACCGAGUCUAACCUUGACUCAUCGCUCGACUCGCCUACUCAGCAACGCGGGAGUUUUCAUGGCCUUGGUCGAUCCCGAUUCCAGCUACGAUAAUCCCGAUUAUGUUGAGGUUAUUAUAGUGCGUCACGGUGAAACGGCCUGGAAUGCUGAUGGCAGAAUUCAGGGUCAUCUGGAUGUUGAAUUAAAUGAUGCCGGGAGACAGCAAGCCGCUGCAGUGGCUGACAGAUUAUCAAAGGAGCCUAACAUCUCUGCAAUAUACUCUUCUGACUUGAAAAGAGCUCUUGAGACUGCGGAGAUAAUUGCAACUGGCUGUGGUGGUUUAGAGGUUAUCAAAGAUACUGGUUUACGAGAAAGGCAUUUAGGGGAUCUUCAAGGUCUUGUAUUUCGUGAUGCUAUGAAAGUAUGUCCUGAAGCAUAUGAGGCCUUUGUGUCUCCAAGGAAAGAUCAAGAAAUUCCAGGUGGUGGAGAAAGCCGUGAUCAACUUUAUCAACGCUGCACUUCUUCAUUGCGGGGAAUUGGUAGAAAGCAUAAGGGACAACGGAUGAUUCUGGUCACGCAUGGCGGUUUCAUCAGGACGCUCUACAAGUGGGCUUGCCCAAAUGAGAAGUCCCCUGGGAAGAUACUUAACACAUCUGUAAACGUAUUUCGCUUGGCUGAUGGAGACAAAUGGACCUUAGAAGUCUGGGGUGAUGUCUCUCAUCUUGAAGAAACAGGAUAUCUACAGUCGGGUUUUGGUGGGGACCGAACCUCUGGUUAGUGGUUAGUUCAUCCUUCCACUACUCAUUUGGAGGAAAUGAAAUGCUUGGCAGUUAGCACCAUUAAGGCGCUAUUAUGGGCAAUUUUUUAAACCCGUUUUGGGAAUUGAUUCGUGCAUUAGACCUGUAAUUUUUUUUUAACAUUAUUCAUACAAAGAUUUUCCCAAAUUGCUGUUCAACAUUAUAUAUCAACUUGAGGAGGAAUAUCUUAUAUGUAGUAUGGUUCACUAGCAAAAAAAAAUCUUAGAUGUAGUAUAAUAAUUCUUCAUGUUAUUUAUGAGUUUGUUGGACUGAUCUGUACGAUUGCUAUAAAUGGUUAAUUGAUGUCUCCAUGAAUGAUGGUAGAUGUGA